AUGAGAUUGCUAGAUCCUUCAAGUCUAGUCAUUUUAAUCUCGGAGGAGGAGGUAGUUUAUCUAUCUAUUAACAUUUAUUUAGAAGGCGGAAUUUACAGGUCUACAACUUAAGCUCAAUUCGUUCCAUACGGACAUUAAAAUUUAGGAGUUUCAUCAAAGUAAACGGACAUUCAAAUGAGAAAGUCUAAUUUCGCUCUUGGAGAAGCCUCCCCUAAGUCACUCUUGACUACCAACUAGCAGAACUAUUAGCAUCCACCAGAGACAUAUAAAGCUGUUACUAUAGAUGCUAACACCAAAGCUGAUCUAAGAAAAUCCCACUGGGGUCUAGGUGGAUGGGGAAGCACCUAUAUAUCAACAUCAGGAGCUGCUUUUGCUAAUAGAAGUCCCUCUAUGACUGCUUAAGAUAAACAGGAUUCAUAAAAUAAGAUUACUCUAAUGAGGGGUCAUCAUUUCAAUUUCGGAAAUGAGCCUGUUAACUAUGAGACUACAGCAAAAUCGAAAUUUAACACUUCAAGAUUCAAGUAACUACCUUCAACUCAACCUGAACCGAUUAAUAAUGCUAAGAAUGAUUUAAGAAAGCAUCAUUUCGAUCUUGGAGGGCAGAGUGGAUUGAUGAUGACCACUCAUUAACUAGAGUUCUCACAAAAAGUAUCUUAUAAUGUGUUUAACAAUUAUUAGAGUGCUGUUUAAAACAGAAAUACAUCACUUGCAAAGAUUGAAUAAGGAAAGACAAGUAUUCAAUUUGGAGAUGGAAAUAGUUAUCCUAUGACUACCUCAACUCAGCUUCACUUCAAAGGUCACAAUGCUGUUCCAGUGCCUCAAGAUAAGGAAGCAGUUAAAAAUUUAAGAUAAGCUCAUUUCUCACUUGGCCAACAUCCAGCAAUGUAUGAUUCGGUUAACAAAAACUAUGGUGGAUUCGCACAACCAAUGAGGCAAAUUGAAUAAGAUACCUAGCUCAAGAAUAAACUGAGAAACAGUUCUCUUGAUAUUGGCAAUAAAAACAUGAGUGGAGCCUUCUUUAACACUACUUAUAAACUUUAUAAUGGCCCAAAGAAUAUUAUGGAUGCUCAGCCUCUUUAAAACAAUAAUAACAAGAGUUUCACUUCAAGUAUUUAGAUUGGUGGAGAGAACAACUAAUUUUUAUCACAGACUUCAACAGGGGCUGCAUUCCAAGCAUAUGUUAAUAUGAAAGCUGCUCAACCAGAUAUGAGUUUUGAGAAAAAUUUGAGAGCAAAUCAUUUUGGCUUAAAUCAUACAGAUUAAAUUGAUCCUCUUCACUACAAAACUUCUCAUUAAAAUCAAUUCUAAUCUCCCCCAGAAGGAGGUAAUUUCAGAGGUGUACUUAAUGUUGAAAAGAAGGGUGAACUUAGGAAAAACCAUUUCGAUUUCGGUAUUCCAGGACAGGGUAUGAUAAGCUAAUCUACAACCCAUUCAUUUUUUAACAGUCCUAAGAAUGGAGGCUAAAUUGGACCCAACAUGCAUAACAAUGCAGCUACUCUUAAAUAUAACAGUGUCAAGCUAAACGGUUCUCCAAAGCCAAACGGAGCUGACUUUGUUUCAAAUAGUCAAAUGGCUUAUAAGUGGGUCUAGCCUGAAUUUGUUAGCAAAUGA